AUGGGCUGGCAAUCGAGCCCCGGCCGCCUUGUCGUAGCCGCGGCCGGCCUUUUGGGCUUUGUCAACGGACAGGCUUACUUCGGAACCUAUCAGGAUACCGUAACCAAAUGUGGUAGCGAUAAUUUUAUCUAUCUUGGCUGUUACGGCAACUUCCUCGCUAAUGCUGGCGACUUCUUUCGCUUCGGUCCGGAGGGCUACAAUGCCGCUGACCUCUCCUUGAGUUUCCCCGGAUGGGACCCCGGUUCCGAUUGGGACUCUACGCAGACUCCUCUUGACUGUGCUCGCACCUGCAGAGCUUACGGUUACAAGUAUUCGGCCAUGAGGGACAAUAACUGUAACUGCGGCCUGCAGCUCCCGGCUGCUGCUGCCCCGAACUCGGACACUUCGGCUUGCAAUGCUCAGUGCAGUGGUGAUAGUACUCAGACCUGCGGCGGUGGCCUUAACGCCCAGGUAUACCUUGAUCCCUCCUUUGCCGCACCGGACCAGGUGCCCAUCACGCCUCGUAAUGCGGAUUUGGGUUCUACCUACAAGCAUCUGGGCUGUUAUUCCUCUCGCGGAUUCGCCACACAAGACGACGUUAGGGCCAGGCCACUCGUUGAUGACAUCGAGACUUGUUUCGAAACCUGUGCCGGUUUGGGUUAUCCUCUUGUCUUUGGUGCCAGGGAAGGUGCACAAAUCCGAUGCCAGUGCGGUACAAACUUUCACUCCGGCGACUAUCGCAUUCCUCCAUCGAGUCUUCCAAACCCUGGAGACUGCAACGCUCUCUGUACAGCCGAUGACACUUCUGAACUACAGGGAUGCUAUGUCCCGAGGAUGCCGGGGCUCAAGCAGUCAGCCGACCAGGCAGGUUUCACCUGCUACAACCCACCGUCCAGUCUCUUGGGCACUCCCAAGGUUCUUACUACCUCGCUAUCGAGCGUGAACCAGGAUAACAUCAUCGUCUCAAGGCCAGCACUCGUCCGCCCCUUGACCGUUACCACGGGUACACAAACUUGGUACUUGAAUGGGUGCUACGGCAAUGUUCCUGCACAGGUUCUCGACCUCUCUGCAACGUCUGGCCAGAUUAUUUCGGAUCUUGCCACUGGUACACUCGAGGAGUGUGCGCGCAGAUGCAGUUCGGACACUACCUUCAACUACUUUGGCAUGGUCAACGGCAGGGACUGUUACUGCUCAAACUCUCUUCUGACUCCUGGUCAAGUCGAUGAUAUGGGAACUUGCCGAGUCCCUUGCAAAGACGAUGCCACGAGAAGUUGCGGCGGUGCAACUACACCUGUCGUCUAUUCUCUGAGCCAGAGUGGCGUGUACACAGAACGCCUGGCGAACAUCGGUGCCGGUUUUCCGACAUACACUUGUACACCCAGCCGACGUGUCUCAAAUGAUGAGGCAGCUCCAAUCAGUUGCCCAGAUGACAAUGGGGUUUCUAUUACCACUGCUCAAGACAAAAUGUACCAUGUCGAUUGUGGUAUCGAAUAUCCCGAUGGUGACCUAGGCACAGUUAUUGUUGACAGCUACGCUGAAUGUGCUGCGGCUUGCGAUACCACCACCGACUGUGUUGGGUUUAUCUAUCAGCAUGGCCCUGCCAAUAGCAACGGCCUUGACGCACCGUGCUACCUCAAGCGCGAAGGAGCAAUAACUGCUGCUGUUUCAGCCGACAUGGGUAACUGGGGCGGGAGAUUUACUGGUUUCGCAGAUGGCUCCAGUAGCGGUUCAGACUCUGGCACUGGCAGCGGUUCAGACUCCGGUAGUGGCACAGACCCUGAUAGCGGUUCGGGCUCCGGCAGUGGUACAGACCCUGAUAGUGGUUCGGGCUCCGGCAGUGGUACAGACCCUGAUAGUGGUUCGGGCUCCGGCAGUGGCACAGACCCCGAUAGCGGUUCGGGCUCCGGUAGUGGCACAGAUCCUGAUAGCGGUUCGGGCUCCGGUGACGGUUCUGAUCCCGGCACUGGCAGUGGUUCAGGUUCCGGUGACGGUUCUGAUCCCGGCACUGGCAGUGGUUCAGGUUCCGGUGACGGUUCUGAUCCCGGUACUGGCAGUGGUAGCGGUUCAGGCUCCGGUGACGGUUCUGAUCCCGGUAGUGGUAGUGGCAGCGGUUCUAAUACCGGCAGUGGCAGCGGUUCAGGCUCCGGCAAUGGUUCAGGCUCCGGCACUGGCAGCGGUUCCGUUGUAAACGCUAUUUUUGACAAGGUCUUUGGUCCAGCCUUCCAAGGAGUCUUCAGCUCCUUCGGUAAGAUUUUCGACAACAACCCAUUCUUCAAGCCCAAGAAGCCAGCUGGCUCCACUCGUGCUGUCUCUACAAGCAACGAUGAUGUCCAGGAUCUCGAGACCCUUGCCAGCGAUCCCUCGGACAGCACCGCCUACCGUUCAGAUGCCUUCAUCGGUGAUGUGCUCAGCAAUCUUAACCUCGGCAGUUUGAUGAGCGCUGUCCCGGGUCUUGAAGAUGUUCUCGGUGGACAGGAUCUCGGUAGCCUGAUUCCUGGAAACAUUCGCGCCCCCAAUCCGGCCACACCGCCGAUUACCGUCAACUUGGAUGAGCUGGCUGGCCUAGCGAGCACUGUUCUUGCAGCGCUCAACACGCUUCCCAGCGACGUCGCCGCCCCUGGUCCUGUUGACACCGACUCGCUGAUCACUCUUGCGGGUGCUAUUACUGAUGCGCUUACCACCGCUGCGGAUGGAUCCGGUCCUGGUGUGAUCAAUGGCAAGGACUUUGCUGGCAUCCUCAACUCCGUUUUCGACUCAAUAAACGGCAUUGGAAGCAUAUUCCCUAAGAAGAGUACUAGCAGUAGCGCCCAGCCAAGCAUGACUGUUGCACCUACUCAAAGCCUUCGAGCUAGGAACGUUGCCCACAUUGGCCCCCAUCCAACCGGAGUGCUCCCUCCUGGAAACGGCCCUGCGGAGGUGUGUGAUAUUGCGACCCUUGCCCUUCCGGCUAACAUCUUCGCGCCUACUCCGCCCCCGGAUGCCGGCCGCUGCAUCCCCAUCAUCGGCUACUGGUACGUUGGCGAGACCACUUUGCUCCCUUGCUCCGAAGGCUAUGGUGCCGGCGGCCCUCAGGAGACUGGUUCCCCUCAAGCACCCGGCUUCUCUGGCGGCCCCGGUGGUCACCCUUCCCCUCCUUCCCCCGCGGGCCCGCCGCCCGCCGUUGUGAUUCCUGUUGCAGGCUCUAUUGUUCUUACCCAGGAGCAAUUGGACCAUCUUCUCGAAUCUACCAACAUUGAGCUCGAGUGGACCAGCGAAGGUGAGCGUGUGCUCAACAUUCCUGGAAUUCUUGACAUGAGCGACAGCCACAGCGACACCUUCAGGCUCCUGCUUGACCAAAGUUCCGACUCACUUUCCCGCAGCACCAAUCAGUUUGAGAUUCCCAUCUCGGGAGAGGUUGGCCUUACGCAGUCACAGCUUGACAGCCUCCUCCAGGACUCGACCCUCGAUAUCUUCUGGAACAGCCAAGGAGCUAAAGAGUUGAAUAUUCCAGGAGUGAUCAACUACAGCUCUUCUAGGAAUGACACUUUUAGCCUCCGCAUCAGCUCAAGCAAUCACCAUACCACGGCCAGCGCCAGUAUCCCUGGUCCCACGGAGAGUUCCACUCCCCCAGCUGCUGGCGGGGAAACCCCGGAUGGCUCUGCUGCUGACGAGGACGGCGGCUACGAUGACGUUGAAGCGGAGCUUGACGCUCUCGAUGCUCUGAUCGCUUCGUUCGGUGACAUCGAUUUUGACGUUGGCGACCUUGACAUCCCCGAUAUUGACGUGGAGGGUCUCGAUUUCCCCACGAUUCCGUCCAUCGACACGGAUGAUCUCGACGUCGAUGUUGAUGAUGUGGAUGUUUCGAGGGUUGAAGAGCCUGAAGCUCCUGAGUCACCUGAGGUGCCUGAUGUCGAUACCAUACCAGCACCGACCAUUGAUGUCGAUGGUGAAGUUCAAGUGGGUCUGGAUGAUGAGUCUGGGGUUCCUGUCGUCGACCCAGUUGAUGAGGCUACUUGA